AUGGUUAAGAUUUAUCCAGUCAUUACUACACCCUCACACCCUGCCAACGUAUACACCAUAUCUUGGAGCACCAGUCACUCCAACUGUCCUGGAGCACCAGUCACCAUUUCGUCCCUGAGCCCACACUCCAACUGUCCCUGGGCACCAGUCACUCCACCUGUCGCUGGAGCACCAGUCACUCCAACUGUCCCUGGGCACCAGUCACUCCUGCCGCUGGGCACCAGUCACUCACCUGUCCCUGGGCACCAGUACUCCAACUGUCCUAGAGCACCAGUCACUCCACCUGUCCCUAGAGCACCAGUUACCCACCUGUCCCUGGAGCACCAGUCACUCCACCUGUCCCUGGAGCACCAGUCACUCCACCUGUCCCUAGAGCACCAGUCACUCCACCUGUCCCUGGAGCACCACACCAGUCACUCCACCUGUCCCUGCAGCACCAGUCACUCCACCUGUCGCUGGAGCACCAGUCACUCCAACUGUCCCUGGAGCACCAGUCACUCCACCUGUCCCUGGAGCACCAGUCACUCCAACUGUCCCUGGAGCACCAGUCACCUUAACUGUCCCUGGAGCACCAGUCACUCCACCUGUCCUGGAGCACCAGCCCGAACUGUCCCUGGGGCACCAGUCACCCACCUGUCCCUUGGAGCACCAGUCACUCCAUUUGUCCCUGGAGCACCAGUCGCCCACCUGUCCCUGGAGCACCAGUCACUCCAACUGUCCCUGGAGCACCAGUCACUCCACCUGUCCCUGGAGCACCAGUCACUCCAACUGUCCCUGGAGCACCAGUCACUCCACCUGUCCCUGGAGCACCAGUCACUCCAACUGUCCCUAGAGCACCAGUCACUCCAACUGUCCCUGGAGCACCAGCCACCCCAGCUGUCCCUGGAGCACCAGCCACCCCAGCUGUCCCUGCUGCACCAGCCACCCCAGCUGUCCCUGGAGCACCAGCCACCCCAGCUGUCCCUGCUGCACCAGCCACCCCAGCUGUCCCUGCAGCACCAGCCACCCCAGCUGUCCCUGGAGCACCAGUCACUCCAACUGUCCUUGGAGCUCCAGCCACCCCCAGCUGUCCCUGCAGCACCAGUCAUCCCAGCUGGGAUCAGCCCUACAAUAUACAAAGUCACGACAGUCACCCGGGCGAGAGUGUUGUCACCACUGUGUACAUCAGAGUGA